AUGGAAUUUAUUAAUGCUAAAUAUUCGGGAGAUGAAAAUAAUGGAAGAAUGGAGGGAGAAAAUUGUAGAUUUUCCUACAUUACCGAAGGAAUGAGAUAUGAAGGAGAGAUGAAGGAUGGUCAAUUUCAUGGAAGAGGAACUAUAUAUUUCAGCUCAGGAGCCAAAGUGGAGGGAUUAUGGCAUUUAGGGAAACUAGUUGAUAGGACUUAUAUCUAUAAGGAUGGUCUCACUUUGAAUGAAAAUGUUAAGGAAUGGGAUUACUGCAGAUUGAAUCCAAAUGGUGAUUCCGAAAAUCAAGACAGACGUUUCUACCAUGAAGUAUUGCAACAGAAUGGAUUUGAAGGACAAAAUGUCAUGCCUAGAGCUGAGCACGCCUGUUUCUCAAAGGAUGGUGUUAAUCCCUCAAUGAAAUAA